AUGUACACAGGUCUUUGUAGGAAAUGUGUAAGACUCGAGUGGUCAAAAGUCCUCUACACAUGCUUCGAUAGAUCUGCUCUUGGAUUACUAAACGAAAUUACGUCUGUAGGGAACAGAAAGUUUGCUUACACGAAAUGCAGUAGGGUUGUGACCACAACGGGACCAAGCCGGCCGAACGCUGAGCAACAUGACGACCGAAGCCUACUGCCACAUCUCGGAGAUGAAGCUGUAAACGAGUAUGAUGAUGAAUCGAAUUAUCCUAUGCAUCUCGUUGAUAUCAAUCACAAAAAAAACUGGGGAAAUUACUUCACAGAUUUAAAACGACAAAGGAAUAAUAACGGAACAAAGCCCUUGAAUUUUGAUUACGGACUAAAAACACAUGGGGAACGUUCAGAGAAGGUAUUAUCACCGGGGAAUGAUGAAUAUGCGAAGGGCUCAACGGUAGCUGGCAAGGGCAAAUGUGCGACGCAAGAGAGUAACGCAGAUGCUACAUCGCAAUUGGACCAUAUGACGGCACCUACUCUAAACCCCGAACAGCUAAAGAAGCUUAAUGAGAGUGUUGUGAGUUGCAUAGAGACACAACUGCGAGAACGAUUAAAUUCGAAAUGUUCGGUAGCUGUGUUCGGAAGCGCCAUAAACGGACUUUGGACAGAUGCAAGCGAUCUGGACAUUUGUGUUCAAAUACCAAACGUAACGUCGCGGAGUGCUACCAUACGCAAUCUCCGGCGCAUAGCGUUCCUUCUGGAACCACUCGCGCCUGGGCGCGGAUUCGAAAACAGAUUCACCGCCAAAAUACCCAUACUACACUGGAAAAAUGAAAAGUCGAACAAAAAAUCAGGAAAUCCUGUCAUACAGUCUCUGGGAUGUUCUAUAGAUAUAUCGGUGAACAAUGUUCUUGCUAUCUCCAACUCGGCACUCCUGGGAACAUAUGUGGCUUGCGACCCACGAGUUAGAAGCUUAGUGCUGGCACUCAAAUUAUGGGCCAGGUCCAGGGAUCUUAAUGACAGGUCGAAAGGAACAUUGGGAUCAUUUGCGCUAUCCAUCAUGGUGAUACACUUCCUUCAGCGUUGCACGCCUCCCAUACUAGUGUCCCUGCAGGACCUUGCCAUCUCGGACAACGAACCGCCAAAAUACGUAAGCGGUAUUGAUGUACGAUUCACAACCGACAUGCGACGCAUAAAUGAAGAACACACAUGGGCGACGAAGGGAGUGGAAAACAGAAUGAACGUUACAGAAUUGCUGCAGGAAUUCUUCUACUAUUUUGGCUGGAUUUACACAAAGAACACGCAAAUGCCCAUAUGCAUCCGCAGCGUAGAUUUUCAAUACAUGGACAACCAAUUCACAUUCCGACACAAAUCCACAGGUUUUGAUAUGGAUGAAAAAUUCAUGCACGUCGACAACCCAUUUGAGAUUGGUAUUGAUGUGGCUACGAUAUCCUUUCACCAGCGUAACCGAGUCAUAAAGGAGUUCCGUCGAGCUCACAGUAUACUGAAGUCUGGCGGGAGUUACAAUGAUAUACUACAAGAUUGA